AUGGACAAUUUGAUGUCUCUCCAGGCGGCAUCAAUGCCACUGGUCUCACUCGUCUGCUUGAUCAGCGGGGCCGCGCUCUUCGUCUCUCGAUUCCUCUUCAACAGCCGUCCAAAACAACUCCCACUACCCCCCGGUCCGCCAGGCGCGCCUCUCGUGGGAAACCUCUUGCAAGCCCCCAAGCGCAACCCCUGGGAAAAGUACGCAGAAUGGAGCAAGAAAUACGGGCCCAUCAUGACGCUCAAGAACGGCAACACCAUCACCAUCGUCAUCACCUCGUACGACAUCGUUUUCGACCUCCUCGAGAAGAACAACUACGUCUUCAGCUCGCGACCGCAGCUGCGCGUCCUCCAACGCAUCGGCCUCGGCCUCACGACCUCCUUCCUGCCCGACAACGACACAUGGCGUACACACCGCGGGCUCCGCCGCGCCGUGCUCUCACCCGCCAUGGCGAAGAAAUACCGACCCUUGCAAAGCCUUGAGAGCCUGCAGCUACUUCACGAGCUCCGGAGCAGCACCGCCGACUUCUCGCAGUGUCUGCGCCGCAGCGCGAUUAGCCUGUUUCUCACGAUCGCCUACGGCAAGCGGCUCCCCGUCGAGACACCGGAGGUGCUCGAGAUGGAGGACACCGUCGCGCACAUCGGGGCCGUCUCGGAGGCUUGCUUCCGGGGCACGGAGAUGCUCGCUGAAUUUAUCCCCAUCUUCAAGUAUUUGCCUGGGAACGGGGCGUGGAAGAAAGAGGCGGACCGGAUCUCGGCGUGGUACACGGAGCUGUAUCUCAAGCGGUUCCGGGAGGCGCUGAAGCUCCCGUCCUGGAACUGGGCGAAGCACUACGAGACCGCGAAACAUGCCAAUGGGAUGGGCGAGCUCGAGCUCGCGUACUGCAUCGGGUCCGUCUACGAGGCCGCUCUGACGCCCUAUGAACUGGCUCGCGUCGUCUUGCUCUGCGCGAUCUUCCACCCCGACGAGGCGGCCAAGAUGCAGCGGCAGAUUGACGAGGUCGUGGGACGGAAUCGCCUGCCCAACUGGGAAGACGCAGACAAGCUCCCCCUCGUCAGCGCGUUCUACCGCGAGGCGCUCCGGUGGCGACCGUGGUCUCCGCUGGCGACACCACGCGCAGCAAGUGAAGAAAUCCACUACAUGGGCUACCGCAUCCCCAAGGACGCAACGAUCAUCAUCAACCAGUGGGCGCUAGACCGGGACCCGGCUAUCUUCGAGGACCCCGAGGCCUUCCGCCCGCAGCGGUGGCUGGAGAACCCAGACCUCCCCCAUGUGAGAUACGGAUACGGCCAUCGAGGAUGUCCCGGGCAGCACGUGGGCAAGGACUACAUGUUCAUCAAUAUGGCGCGGUUGUUCUGGGCGUACGAUGUCGGCUACGCGUAUGAGGAUGGGAAGAAGGUGGAGCUGGAUCUGAAGGCCAUGAUGGACCCGCGCAAUGAGAUUGCCUUCUUUAAUCAGGUUCCGGACUUCAAGGCUGCAUUGACCAUUAGAGAUGCGCGGACGGAGAAGCUGGUCGAGGAGGCGUGGAUGACGGCCGAGAAGGAUGAGCAGAAGCUAUUGGCUGAGGUGGGGGUAUUGGAGUUUGGGAAAUAA